CGCCAACAGUUAUGCCUCUCUUAGCUUUCACCUGGCCUCACCCGGCCCAAACAGUUCACGUUACCGGGACGUUUGACUCUUGGUCGCACUCCCUCCCGCUUGAAAAGCAACCCGAUGGAACUUUUAGUGCAGAGAAAGAGGUUGAGGAGGGUGAAGUUGUGUUCAAGUUUAUUGUGGAUGGGGUGUGGAGAGUUAACGAGGAGGUGGGGACUUUGAGAGAUGCGGAGGGUAAUAUAAAUAAUGUUGUCAGAGUUGAAGCAAGUAGAGAUAAGCCAUUGGAACGAAAAGACGGAGAAAUCCCAACGCAUCCAGACACACACAUCCUUCAAUCGGUUUCACUCCUUGACGCUGCAAAAUCCGCCCAAGAAGACGCCAAAGCCAUUCAAGAAGCGGCAUCCACUGUCACCGACGAAUCUGCCAUACCCAUCAAAGAAGAAACUGUAUCAUCUGAACAUCUGGACACGACACCGACAGACACGACACCGACGGACACAACAACAGUCAACCCCGCAAGGGAACCUCCAUCAACAACAGCACCUAUCGACCCAGAAAUAUUGCACCCUGUUUCCCUUCUCACUUCCACCAAAGCUGUCCAAGACGAUGCAAGAGAGAUUCAAGAUGUUGCAUCCGCCAGUGUCCCCGUAGCCCCAGUCUCUGCAACAUCACAUGCUGCGAAAGCCGCUGAACACACCACUGCGAAUGAUGGUGAGCACUCCAACAUACCUGAUGACGACGAGCAAUGGGAUGCGGAUAGUGAGAAUGAAGAGAAUGUAGAUAAGGUAUCAGAACAACACUCGAUUGUGGAGCAAGACGUUGCGAAAUCGAGAUGGUGGUUUUGCGUUGUGUUGUAAUGCCUUAUCAUAUACCUUGGUACAUUAUGGAUGUGAAUACGUGAGGACUGAUAUAUCCGUUGAGAUCUACGGCGUGGUAUGGGAUAUCAUAAAGUGCUGGAUGGAUAUGCACGAGUUGGUAUAUAUGGAAACGACGGCUUAGAUAUGAAAUAUGUAUAAUACGAAUGAUUUGAUCUUUCACACUCUUCCUUGAACCUGUAUCUUGAAAU